CUGCGCCAACGUCACCCACCCGCGACACGUCCUUACGUCAGACGUUGACGUGGCGUGUCACGCCACUAUGGGAGGGGGCGGGGCCUAGGGGCGUGGAGGCGUGGAGGCGCCGGUCCGGAGUGCCGGACCCAUGAGAUUGAUGGCGGCGGAAAUCAAAACCCUGCCUUUGGAGAAUGCGUCCAUCCUCUCUGAGGGCUCUCUGCAGGAGGGCCAUCGGCUGUGGAUUGGCAACUUGGAUCCGAAGAUAACCGAAUACCACCUCCUCAAACUCCUUCAGAAAUUUGGCAAAGUAAAGCAAUUUGACUUUCUCUUUCAUAAGUCAGGUGCAUUGGAGGGGCAGCCCAGAGGAUACUGUUUUGUGAAUUUUGAAACCAAGCAGGAAGCAGAACAAGCAAUCCAGUGUCUCAAUGGUAAACUGGCCCUCUCCAAGAAACUGGUGGUGCGAUGGGCACAUGCACAAGUAAAGAGAUAUGAUCAUAAUAAAAAUGAAAAAAUUCUUCCAAUCAGUCUUGAACCGUCUUCCAGCACUGAGCCAACCCAGUCUAACCUAAGUGUCAGUGCAAAAAUAAAAGCCAUUGAAGCCAAGCUGAAAAUGAUGGCAGAGAAUCCAGAUGCGGAAUAUCCAGCGCCACCAGCUUAUUCCUACUUCAAACCACCCGAUAAAAAAAGGACUACUCCUUACUCCAGAACUGCCUGGAAAUCUAGAAGAUGAUGCUUAUGAAUGGAUAAUGGUAGCAAGAAAGACUGUUUUAUACACCUCCAGUGCUUUUGUACUUUGUAGAUUGUGCUCAGCUGGCACUGUCCUUCCCAAUCUCACUGUAUAUGCUACAGUGUUUUGUAACAUAACAUUUUAAAUUUUCUGAUAACUGCGCCAUACUGCCAGUGUAUGUACAGAAUUGAAUGCUGUCCAGAAAAAAUAAGGUUCCAUCCAAAACUUGUGACUAACAUUUAGACAAUCCAUGUUGCUAGUCUGGUUUCAUUAGUAAGACCAGAAACAUUAGCCAGUAUGCAGAUAGAAAAGAAAACACAAGGAGUGUUCCAUUUUAAUUCUGAAUGUUAAAUUUAAGAAAGUUUUGUGUUUUUUUUUUUUCCCCCAAACAUAGGAAGUGUUCCACUUGGUUUAAAUAUUUUUUAAGCAGAGGGAAAUCGCUGAGUUUUGAUAAACAUUCACUAGUUACCAUAAAAAAUCCUUUUCAUCUUCCAUACAACAAACUUAAAAUGGGUUUUGCAAUGUCUUUUAGCAAAUAUACAUUCAAUAUUUAUACACAAGGCAGCAAAUCUAUUUUGUACCUCAAUUUAUUAAUUUAAAGCCAGAUCUAACCAUGGGACAGCAAAAGGAUUUUAAAUGUUAAUAUUUCAGAACAGUUGUAGAAAUCCAAGUGUCCCUCUCAAUGCAUUGGAAUUAUUAAAUUAUUAUACACAAUUGAAUUUACUCUGUGCUUCUAAAAUGGCAAUACUUAAAAUAUGGAUUUUGAAAUCUCAUGUGCAAAACAGUAGAAUUUUAUGAUGUGAAAAUGCUGUUUAAAGUUUUUACAGUAGCAUAUCUAGCAUGCAUAAAUGUAAUCCCCCUUAGAAGUUAUUCUCCAUAAACCAGAUGUGACAGUGUGACACUGUAAUGUUGCUGCCCCAGAGACAUAUGUCAGAAAGACUACCUCAGAAAUCCACCCAAACUAGGCUAAUUCCUUUUUUUUGAUUGGUUAGCAAAGAUGCUUGGUUAUGACUGUUAGGAAAAUAUGGGUGACAGGGAUCUGUGGCAUAGCGGUGCUACUGUAUUGUAGGGAUUAUCUUUGCUUUAGAAAGUGUUCAAUUUAUCUCUAAUGGACUGGAAUUUCACUUUAAAAAGCAUGCAGCGCAUCCUGUUCCCUAAACAUUCUCUGCAAUACCGAAAGAUCUGAGAAAAGAUCCAUAAAACUGCAAAUGUUUAGUUCCUUUAUGUGCACAAUAUAGUGUUGGACAUGCGUGACACGUGGAAGUUAUGAUGGAGACAGCUUCACAUACUGUUACAGGAGAUGUACUUCUAUUUUGUCACGGCGUUCUAUCUCUCCCUGCAAGUUCUUAUAACUGUAAUAUAGUUUUCUGCCUUGCCAAUCAGGCCUGAAUGUUUUACCCAGACUGAUAACCAUUACAUUUCCAAACAAGAGAUAAUUGUCUUUAAACUGCCCAGGGUUUCUCUCUAGACCAAAUGUUUCUCAUUUUUAUGGCAAACUAAGGUUUGUAUGCUUAAAACUGUUCGUCUAUUUUACAGUGAAAUUUAUAAUUACAGUUCUGAUAAAAAUGUCCUUAAAGCCACUAUACUAUCUAUCUAGAGCAUAGUUUUACACUUGUAUGAGAGAUGCACUGUUUUCAAAGCCUGAAAUGGAUCAUUGUUUAAAAGGUCUUUAGCGAUUGUUUGAUUUCUAACUUUUCUCGUUACCCAGGUAUCUGAAGAAAGUGAGCCUCCUUUUAGGUUUAGCAUCCCCUAUGAAUGACACUGCUGCCUGCUAAAAUUUUUUGCAGACUGGGUCUUCAUUUUGUUUUAGGUUUUUACACUUAUGUGAUAUGGUCUCCCACUUGCAAUCCUCAGAGGAUUUAGACUAAUUAUUUAAAACAAAAUGGUCAAUUCUAUUUUUAAUAUGAAUUUAGAAAUAGCUACAUUUGAAUCAGGUAUGCUGUUGUUCCCUUUUGAAAGCUAUUGUGAUAUUUAUUUGUAUUUAAAAUAUGAUCAUUUGCUGAGGCUCUUACAGUUGUGUGUGAAUAAAUAGAAGUCUAAACUG